AUGAAUAAUCAGUACCUAAAGAAGCUGCCUCUGUUUUGCAAAUAGGUUACUCACUGUAUAGCACCAAUCAAUUUCACAAUGGGUUUUAAAUUGUGGCAUUUGUAAAAUUUAUUAUUUUACAAUUCUUCAUAGUAAAAAAAGUAAUAGUUUAAGUAGUAAUAUAGUACUUUAAUUUUUUCACACCAAAAGGUCUCUGAACCCCUGGGCAAUGUCAAGCUCAAUACUGAAAUGCAGUGAAGAAGUUGCAAUAUUCUGUGGUCACCUCACAAGUGUUGGAUUUCUCAUAUUGUGCAUGCUUUUCUUACAUAAAUUAAGUGUCUGACUCAACUGAACAUUACAAGGUUAUGAAAAACUCACCCGUCUAUGGAUUAGAUACAAAUUUAUUGAAACUACAAAACUGUGAACCUUAAAUGAUUGUAAUCAUAAGCGUAGAAAUUGUCCAUAUUAUUUUAUUUUAUUUUUUACCUCAAGUCUAUCACAGGCACCUUCCAAAACCUGUUAGCUCGAGGAUUUCAUGGAGAUUUUGAUCUCUUCCCAGUCUAAUGUGAUUGUGGCUACAGAAUUCCAAAAAACAGCCCUGAACUGGCACAGAGUUUUCUGAACAGUGGUGAUGCGUCUGUUCUGAACUCUUAAAUGUAUUAAUCGAGGCUUUAAAUGCAGGCAAUAUAUGACCUAAAGAUAUACUUGGAUAUCAUACAAUUAAUUUGCACUAAAGAGGUUUGACAAAUCCUCGAUUCUUGACUAAAAUAUAAUUUUAUUUUAAUGGUAGGCUAUUAUGUCAUAAGGUCAUUCACUGUUACCUUUUUGUUUUUACAAGACUCAGCACUACUCAGUUAUUUGUACCACUGUGAAAGUAGGGCAGGUAAUGCACACUGGAUGGUUGUGUAUUAAAUGGCUAAUUUAAUGAUGGUGUGCAGCAAUGAAUCAUAUUGGUAGUUAUUUUAACCCAGUUUUGUUAUAUAUUCGAUACUGUAAUUUGGAUAUCAACUUUUAUAACGUAUGUCGAUUAUUAAAUUAUAUUAAUUAUAAAACAACGUACUUUAUUAAUGAGUUCUUAUAGCAGAUAUUGUAUAUACAUGUGUAUGGACUCAUGGUAUAGACUAGCCUUAUGUCCCACAGAAAUAGCAGCUUGUGGUCUGCUCAUUUGAAUAAAAUUUCAUUGUUUUUAAACUGCAGAAAAGAGGUGUCCCAUAAUCUAUACCGAAUGAUUGUGCAAUCGAUUAGUCACGUCUUCGAUUUACGGACAUGCGCAAUCAAGCUUCUUUAGAAACGAAGCAAAACAACGCCAAGAUUAUUGUCUUUUUACGAUAAUCUACUGUACCAAGUUGAAACUCCGUUGUCGCCCUGGAGUGUUUCCAACUUUUUUCUGUCGAACAGAUGAUAGGCGGACGGUUACACUCAUUUUUAAUAUGAACCACGUCAACUUUUUUUUGAAUGGCUGAAAGUUCCAGCUCACUUCGUAAACAGGAAACAUCAACUUAAGGAAAAUGUAUGGAUUGUAACAUUAAACGGAUUCAAGGAGAAGACAUUUGUUUUUGAUUUUCUUCUCAGUCACACAUCAGCCUGGCAUGGAAGAACAAACACACACCAUCAGUAGUGAUGAGGUAGCAUCAUUUGAAGAUGAGGUUCUGAAAAGCUCAAAAACUGUUCCUCACAAAACAGCUUUAACAGAAGCAACCAGAAUAAGCAGUGCCUCAAGUGUUGUGAUGGAGACGAGGGGUGUUCCUUCUGAUGCCGCACAGUGGCAGUUAGAGGGUAAGUGUAAAAGCCCUCAGUUGGAGGAUCUGGACUCUUUCAGUCUAAUAGAGCCCCCUCCAUUGGACUGGAGGUCCGAUUCUUCCAGUGAAGCAUGUUCGCUUAAAGACAUUGAUGAACCUGGAUCUUUCCCAACUGACUCUCUGGAGGCACCGAUCGACGAACUAAGUAAUUAUGACGGUCAGAACACAAGUUCCACACCAACAGAGGUUGAAGAUCUCACAAGUCAGGAGAUGGGAAUGAAUGAGUCCAGCAUAGCCAAAAAACUGGAGAAAAGUCUAGAGAAGAAAAAUGAGGAGAAGCCAAAAGAUGAAGUUGGUCAACCUGAUGUGGACCAUUCUCACAUCCAGAUGUUGCUUACUCAGCUUCAUCUCUUCCACCCAACACCUGCUCCCGAAGAUCCACUUCAAGAACCACAACAGCCAUCAUCCACCCCCAACUCUGUGUGUGACAGCCACCUUUCUCCAUCCAUUGUGCUUGAAGCCUGUUCUCACCAGACCUGCCCUGAGGCAAACACAGUCUCUGGCCUUCUUUUCACUGAGAGUCAUCAAAAAGAUCUUCUAGAACUGCUGGAGGAGCCAGAGCCCAAGGAACCUCCCACCACAUUUAUGGACCAGGCUACCAGCAGCCAUAAUUGGCACAUGGCAAAGCUCAUUGAGCCCCAGACAAUAUGUAUAUCACCCAGUGCAGAGACUGAUGAAAUGGUCGCUAUUUCAUAUGACCAGGAUAUCUGGCACAGGCACUUGCAGGAUGAGUUUGUGAUGUCAGGCUACUCAGAGCACGAGGUCUUAGAACAGUGGCAGCAGUCCAAAGGUCUGGCUUCAGAUGAGUUGGCCUCACACAAUGCUGAUGUGGACAUUGAACCGGAGUCUCAGCCUUCCUAUAAGGAUGUGCCUGGUCCUUGUGAUCCUGAGGAUCUGCUGGAUGGGGUCAUAUUUGGAGCCAAAUACCUGGGUUCCACACAGCUGCGAUCUGAUCGGAACCCCUCCACCAGUGCUCGCAUGGCUCAGGCACAAGAAGCUGUAGAUCGUAUUAAGGCACCAGAAGGAGAGUCUCAGCCAAUGACUGAAGUGGACCUUUUCAUCUCCACAAAAAGAAUUAAAGUCCUGACUGCUGACACACAGGAGGCCAUGAUGGACCAUCCCCUGCAGAUGAUCUCCUACAUAGCUGAUAUUGGGAGUGUCGUGGUCUUAAUGGCACGCAGGAAGCCAACAGGUCAGCAAGCUGCAGAGGCGGAAGCCAGCUCUUCAUCGCCACCUAAAGCAUGUUGGAUGAUCUGCCAUCUGUUCUCCUCCGAGGAUGCGCAGGUUAUAGCUCAGGCUAUUGGCCAGGCAUUUGGUGUUGCAUAUCAGCAGUUUUUGCAAGCAAAUGGAAUUAAGGGCAGUGACCUACGGCCAGGGGAGUACUGCCUCAGUUCAGAGGAACUCUAUAAUGGAGAUCUUGUCCACUUCUCACGUUCUGAAAACAUAAGAGAGGUGUGCAUAUCAAAACCAGUUGGGGAGAUCCUGGGUGUGGCGGUAGUGGAAUCUGGCUGGGGCUCCAUCUUGCCUACAGUGGUAGUGGCCAACCUGCUGCACGGAGGCCCAGCCGAACGCUCCGGAGAGCUGAGCAUCGGGGACCGAAUCAUGUCCGUAAAUGGCACCAGCCUUGUGGGACUGUCUAUAUCUGCCUGCCAUAGCAUCAUCAGGGACUUGAAAAACCAGUCCCAGGUAAAGCUCAACAUAGUCCACUGCCCACCAGUCACCAUGGCCAUCAUAAGACGACCUGAUCCGAAAUACCAGCUGGGCUUCAGUGUGGAGGAUGGGAUUAUUUGCAGUUUGAUGCGAGGAGGUAUAGCAGAAAGAGGUGGCAUUCGGGUUGGCCAUCGCAUUAUUGAGAUCAAUGGGCAGAGCGUAGUAGCCACACCUCACGACAAAAUCAUCCACAUCCUCUCCAGUGCUGUGGGAGAGAUUCAUUUGAAGACAAUGCCAACAUCAACAUAUCGCCUUCUAACUGGACAAGAGCAGCCUGUCUUCCUCUGAAAUGGAUGAAGCUCCACAGAAGACUUCAUCAUUGAAUGCAUUUCUCCAUUUUAAAGCCAGUCAGACACAGAAUUCCAGUACUGAGUAUUGUCACUCUGCAUUUCCUCUAUAUUUUGCAAAUAGGUGCUGAAAUUGUGGAACUCCACCUCACACUCUGAGGCAUGCUUAUAGUAGGAAUACAGUUAAACUGCAAGAAUUUCAGCUAAUUAAUGAACUAGGAAAACUUUGAUGCUACAUAGGGCAUGCACAUUUGUGCCUUCAAGAAUCCUGAGUAGGGAAAUGUGUGUGAACAUGCUCAUUAUAGCACAAAGCUUCCAUCUUGACCAUGCAAACAGGCAUGAGUCCAUUUCACCAGCACUGCGUACAUAUGAGAAUCAUUCAGUGUUUUACAGCUUGUGUGCUGCACAGAACUUGAGCCUCAGUGCCUGUAAAAUGAGUAAGCUUAUGUGAAGGUGUCUGCUUUUAGCAAUAGAAUAGGUGUAUUUUAAUAGCUGCUAUAUUUAGAUGUUUAUUAAACAGAUGUAUUGCAAA